AUGUUUCUGGAUCUCGGCCAAGCUCAUCACAGCGAGUUCAUCACGAAGCUCAAACAGAGUGUCCAGGGCUAUGGGUUCAAAUGGGAAGAGCUCAGGGACUCUGAGGAGGAGCGCAGACAAUGCGCGACAAACUUCACCUUGGAGUUCGGGCCUCUCUACUGGGGCACCGCGGAGGGCCGUGAAAAGUACCUCGACUCAUCAGCCCUCAAACGCACUGCAGAGCUCUGUGUGUAUCCGCGCUGUAAAGAAGAGAUCAUCAGCACUAUCAUGAUUCUUUUAGAGAGAAAGGCAAAGAGCUACUAUCGAACCGACAAGCAGGCUGAAACCUCUGACAGGCCAACUACUACCAAUCUUGUUCCUGCUCCAAAGGAAACCAAGAAUAAACCGUCCUCGCCGAAGGUAACCGCGUUCAGCCCCCAGAUGCGCGAGGACAACUAUGGCGACGCGACCCUGUUCGGCUCCCAGAAGCGCGACAAGAAGCGCGACAAGAAAAAGAAAAGACGCGAGACGGAGGAAAAGAUGACCAGCAUUGUCGAUGCCGCUACCCCUAAGCCCAAGGCUAAGACCCUGUACUACGUGUCCGACGACGAGCAGGCUGCCUUUGAGAACACCGUCAUGUCGAGCAGAAAGCGCUCUGUUUCUACUCCGCGAGAUAUCCGUCCUUUCAGUGCCGUCGCGAGUGGGACUUCGGACACUAUUACAAAGCCCGCAAAGAGAAGAAAGCUAGGUGAUGCUGAGAACAUCCAGACUACUCCUGCCGUUACUAAGCAGGUCGAAGAAGAAGGGGAGUUUUGGAAAUACACCAAGUUUCUUGUUUCCUCGUCCAACCAGCAGAUGGCGCCUGUGUGGGUUCCCUUUACGAAGUUUAUCUCUUCCUCUAUGUUUCUGGCACACAUGGCGGAUGAAUGUCAGACCCCGGAGAUGGGACAACCUGGUACUGAAAGUUCUAACUGGCACAGCAACACCCCCACGCAGGUUGUCGUUGCGGCGUCUAUCAAAUUCGAGUGGUCUAACUUCGAGAUCAGAGUCCGCCAAGGACAGGACCGUGAUCUGGAAUACGUUAUGACUGAACUUGAAGACUCGUGGAAGAAUGCGAGCGAGGAAAGAUUCGAGGGCGGUAUCAGUCGCCAGUUCAAGGUUCUUGUCAUGCUGCACAUGGUUGGAUAA